CACGUUUUCAGAUUUAUUAAAACUGCAUCGACAUCUUUGAAACAGCUGGUCAUUGAAUCAGCUAGACUUCACCUUCGAUGUGUUGCUGCCUACAAGUUUGAUUAUGCAGGACCUAUCACUGUUUAAGGAGGUCCCCGGGUAUCGACCAAUACUGCGGGCUGUCCUCAAACACCAGAUACAGACACUGAUCAACCAGUUGGCCUGUCACACCGGUGAGGAGUCUGUGCUGAUCUCUGCCAGUGUCGAAGAGGGCACUCUCACACACAUUGGCUCAGACUUUGGUAAAAACUUUGUGGAUGGUCACGAGGAAAUCAAGGCUCAGUUCCUUGGAUUCUGUCUGAAAAGAAACCAGAUCAGCAAGGCAGUUAAGCAGGAGCCAGAACAGUUCACUAGGAAAAAGGGACCAUUUCCUGCCCGUGGGAGGGGGGCAGUCAACAAGGCGUUCACUGGUAAUCAGAGACACCGACCUUACCCAGUCACCCUGACCAAAGUAGAACCAGUCUACCAGGAAGACAGAGCCAGCUACCAGACAGCCAAUCAGAGCACAGUACAAACAACACAGUCUGCUGCUUACUUUAACCAGUCUGUAUUCCCUACUAAUGAGAAAUUACAACAGAACCAGUCGGCCACUGGAAUCCAAGAUCAAAAACACAAUGCAAACCAGUCCACAACAAGUGAAUGUACUGAAAUCAUUGCAGAGUCACAGAUCUCUGCCACCAGCAGUGAAACACAAGGGGAAGCAAGCGUAAUAUCAACCACCGCAGCAUUGACCCAGCCCAGCUGCACCGCAAGUGAAGUGGGUCCUACAAAACUGAAAAUAAUUUUCUCUAAGUCACAUACUGAUGCAAAUAUACAAGACACUGCCUCUCACAGGAGAUCAGGGAAUGAACGUGGGAUUGAGAUGAAUACUGGAUCUGAAAUGGUUGUUCCAACAGUCAUUGAUGCAGUUAAUCAAGUUGAAUGUGACAAUAGCAAUAUCUCAAAUGACACUGAAAGGUCCAAUAGCAGUGAGCAAUUUGAGAAUGCAGAUUCUUUGAGUUACAAUUCCGAUAUCCUUAAAGAGGAGACUGCAACUGAAUCAGACAACAGUUUAACCACCAGUUCUAUGGGGAAGUUUCAUUACACACUGGGACUGGGACUCAGUGAGAGGAAAUCUCAGCGGAAGGCCCAGGAACCCAGGAAAAAUAUUCCAAUACUACCAAAGACAAACAGGGACAGCAGCAUCAAGUCCGAGCCGUUCUCUGACAGUGUUGUUAAAUCUGAGACCAGCAUAUCAAGGAAGAAUAACAACAAAAUUACUGAAGUAAGUGUAAAUGGAAAGCCCAAGUCUGCAUUUGGUAUAAUCAGCAACAAGAAGUGUGUGAUUGGGAAGGAGAAGUCAGCCCAGGAGCGUAAGCUUGAGUUGGAGAACUACCUGUACCAGGAUCACACUGCCCGUCCUUACCCCUGUGCACUCUGUCCCAAACGGUUCAAGGAGAGACACCAUCUGAUAUACCACAUGCGCACUCACUCAGGCCAGCGCCCCUAUGCAUGUAACAUAUGUGGCAAGUGUUUCACGCAGUCCAGCUCCCUGAACACUCACAAGAAGACCCACUUCAAGGACCUUCAUUGUGGCAAGUGUUCACAAGUGUUCCGCAGACAGGCAGAAUAUCUCAACCACGCUUGCGUCUGGAAAUAGGGCUCCACAUUGCCUUAUGGUGCGCUAUCUCACUAGAUUCCUCAAGUUCAAUGUUACAUAUAUACAUAGUAUCAAAAACAUGCUCGUGUGUUGAAGUUAGGGUUUAAGCCCUGUUCACUUUUUGUGUGUAGAAUAAUAUGUGAAAUAAUAUUUGUCGCCAGAGAUGGAGAUGGGAAAUUCUAUUUGUAAAGUAACAUAUCUCAACCUCGCCUGUGUGUGGAAGUAGGUGUUUACAGAUACAUUUUUUUGCUAACAUUUUCUUAUGUUGAAUAUACAAGUUUAUAUAUUUGUACUUAAAUUUGGAACUUAAAAUGACUAUUGAAUGUCAUCAUCACAGAACAAGUGUACAUGGUUUUGGUUGAUAAUUAGGGUCCUAGCAGUGUUCAGUAUAGAACAAAGUCAUAGUAUUCACCACGCCUGUGAUUAUAAUAACUGCCAAAGGCACAUCAUGGUUUUUCUGUUUGUAAUAGGUCAAAAUUGAUAUGUGUACUGUAUUUCUGUGCUUUUUAUCUUGAACCUUAAGUACAUUAGUCUUUUUCAGCUUAGUAUUGGAAACAUGAUGUAAAUAUCUGCCAACUUUUUAUGAUAUUAAUGUGUUAUUGAUAAACAUUUUAUAUGAAAAAUUUAAAUAGUCUUUAGCAUAAAUGUAAAUAUUUUGUAACUGUUGAUGUAUUAUAACCUAUAUGAUAUAAUGUUUCGGUGUGUAAGAAUUUACUAAGGCGUACAUACUGUAUGAAUAUAAUGUGUCGGUGUGUAAGAAUUUACUAAGGCGUACAUACUGUAUGAAUAUAAUGUGUCGGUGUGUAAGAAUUUACUAAGGCGUACAUACUGUAUGAAUAUAAUGUGUCGGUGUGUAAGAAUUUACUAAGGCGUACAUACUGUAUGAAUAUAAUGUGUCGGGUGGUAAGAAUUUACUAAGGCGUACAUACUGUAUGAAUAUAAUGUGUCGGGUGGUAAGAAUUUACUAAGGCGUACAUACUGUAUGAAUAUAAUGUGUCGGGUGGUAAGAAUUUACUAGGGCGUACAUACCGUAUGAAUAUAAUGUGUCAGGUGGUAAGAAUUUACUAAGGCGUACAUACUGUAUGAAUAUAAUGUGUCGGGUGGUAAGAAUUUACUAAGGCGUACAUACUGUAUGAAUAUAAUGUGUCGGGUGGUAAGAAUUUACUAAGGCGUACUAACUGUAUGAAUAUAAUGUGUCGGGUGGUAAGAAUUUACUAGGGCGUACAUACCGUAUGAAUAUAAUGUGUCAGGUGGUAAGAAUUUACUAAGGCAUACAUAAUGUAUGAAAUAUAGUGUGUCGGGGUGUAAGAAUUUACUAAGGCGUACAUACUGUAUGAAUAUAAUGUGUCAGGUGGUAAGAAUUUACUAAGGCGUACACAAUGUAUGAAUAUAGUGUGUUGGGGUGUAAGAAUUUACUUAGGCAUACAUACUGUAUGAAUAUAAUGUGUCGGGUGGUAAGAAUUUACUAGGGCAUACAUACCGUAUGAAUAUAAUGUGUCAGGUGGUAAGAAAUUACUAAGGCAUACAUAAUGUAUGAAAUACAGUGUGUCGGGGUGUAAGAAUUUACUAAGGCGUACAUACUGUGUGAAUAUAAUGUCGGGUGGUAAGAAUUUACUAAGUCAUAUAAACUAUGAAAUAUAGUAUGUUGGGGUGUAAGAAUUUACUAAGGCGUAUAUACUGUGUGAAUAUAAUGUGUCGGGUGGAAAGAAUUUACUAAGGUGUACAUACUGUAUGAAUAUAAUGUGUCGGGUGGUAAGAAUUUACUAAGGUGUACAGACUGUAUGAAUAUAAUGUGUCAGGUGGUAAGAAUUUACUAAAGCAUACAUAAUGUGUGAAAGAUAGUGUGUUGGGGUGUAAGAAUUUACUAAGGCGUACAUACUGUAUGAAUAUAAUAUGUCGGGUGGUAAGAAUUUACUAAGGCAUACAUAAUGUGUGAAAGAUAGUGUGUUGGGGUGUAAGAAUUUACUAAGGCGUACAUACUGUAUGAAUAUAAUGUGUCGGGUGGUAAGAAUUUACUAAGGCGUACAUACUGUAUGAAUAUAGUGUGUCUGGUGGUAAGAAUUUACUAAGGCGUACAUACUGUAUGAAUAUAAUGUGUCGGGUGGUAAGAAUUUACUAAGGCGUACAUACUGUAUGAAUAUAGUGUGUCUGGUGGUAAGAAUUUACUAAGGCGUACAUACUGUAUGAAUAUAAUGUGUCGGGUGGUAAGAAUUUACUAAGGCGUACAUACUGUAUGAAUAUAAUGUGUCAGGUGGUAAGAAUUUACUAAGGCGUACAUACUGUAUGAAUAUAGUGUGUCAGGUGGUAAGAAUUUACUAAGGGCUACAUACUCUAUGUAAUAUAAAGGGUCAGGUGGAAGCAUCUUACUUUAUUAAACACUUUCAAUAUUCAGUUAGAAUUAAGUCAUUUCAAAAUCAAAGAAUCAGUUUUACCAUAUUUGUCUAGUCAGAUAAACUAACGGUAUUAUGUUUUAAUGUUGGAAUUAUAUUCUGUUUGGUUGUUUGUUUGGUGUUUGCACUACAAUAGUUUAUACAUUUAUUUAGGAAAAAAAUAUUUUUUUGAAGAUCUAACAUAUUUUUACCAAAUGUUAUAAGUUGUUUAAUAGUUGUCACAAUCAUAUCUGUUUAUGUUUUGCAUUCAAAAAUAUGUUUUGAUUGCCAUUUUCAAUUGGUGUGUAAUAUUUUUGUAAAUAAUAUUCUUACACAUAGUUCUCAGACCAAAGAUAAGAUUUUAUAUAUCUAAUGUUUAGUUUACACAUUUUCCUAAGGAAUGCCUGUUUUAUUCUAUCCAGUGUGAUAUAAUUGAUUAUAAAGAAGCAAUUUUCAUUAAGCAGUUAUGUACAUACAUGUAGCUAUCAUAUGAGGUUAAGGCUUUGUUAUAAUACUCUUGCUCCCUGAGUUAAUGUGCGUUCAGCAGAAAGCCAAUGUAUAUAUAUGUUUUUAUACACAAUUUCAUAUUCUUACAUUCCUUGUUAUGAUAGUCCGGUGUAGUCCUAAAUUAAAACUUAUGGCCAAAAUCAAACAGCAAUUGAACUUGUAUGCUAAGGUACAUUUAUGGCCAGAAUCAAACAGCAAUUGAACUUGUAUGCUAAUGUACAUUUUUGGCCAAAAUCAAACAGCAAUUGAACUUGUAUGCUAAGGUACAUUUAUGGCCAGAAUCAAACAACAAUUGAACUUGUAUGCUAAUGUAUAUUUAUGGCCAGAAUCAAACAGCAAUUGAACUUGUAUGCUAAGGUACAUUUAUGGCCAGAAUCAAACAGCAAUUGAACUUGUAUGCUAAGGUACAUUUAUGGCCAGAAUCAAACAACAAUUGAACUUGUAUGCUAAUGUACAUUUAUGGCCAGAAUUAAACAGCAAUUGAACUUGUAUGCUAAGGUACAUUUAUGGCCAGAAUCAAACAGCAAUUGAACUUGUAUGCUAAGGUACAUUUAUGGCCAGAAUCAAACAGCAAUUGAACUUGUAUGCUAAGGUACAUUUAUGGCCAGAAUCAAACAGCAAUUGAACUUGUAUGCUAAGGUACAUUUAUGGCCAGAAUCAAACAGCAAUUGAACUUGUAUGCUAAGGUACAUGUAUGGCCAGAAUCAAACAGCAAUUGAACUUGUAUGCUAAGGUACAUGUAUGGCCAGAAUCAAACAGCAAUUGAACUUGUAUGCUAAGGUACAUGUAUGGCCAGAAUCAAACAGCAAUUGAACUUGUAUGCUAAGGUACAUGUAUGGGCAGAAUCUAACAGCAAUUGAACUUGUAUGCUAAGGUACAUUUAUGACCAGAAUCAAACAGCAAUUGAACUUGUAUGCUAAGGUACAUUUAUGACCAGAAUCAAACAGCAAUUGAACUUGUAUGCUAAGGUACAUUUAUGGCCAGAAUCAAACAGCAAUUGAACUUGUAUACUGAUGUACAUGUUUGUUAACCUACAUAAUCAAACUUACGUUAUCAAAGAGGAACAUAUCUUACAUGUUUUAUGUAGAUUUUUGUGUGUUGUCAUUUUGUUUUAAUCUGCAGUUUAAUACUUGAGAUUAUUUUGUUGUUAUAUUUUGGUAUUUUUUCCUUUCUUUUCUAUUAUGUACAUGUACAUUCCAUAUUUAAUGUUUUUAAGUAUUAUUUGGAUCUGCUUACUUUCGUUUUGUUUUUUUACAAAGUGUGAUUUGUCUUAUUAUAAUUGAUUGAAUUGACCAAUUGCUGUAAUGGCAAAGUUCUAUUAACCAUUUUGUUAACUUUACACUGUGUGAAAUGAAUCUCUUCUAUGCAAUUAUUUCAUAAAUACCAUUGUUAACAGUCAUAUGAAAACAUUCCAGAUAAACGGAGAACUAACUUGUUCUUAUAGAGAGGCUAUUACAUUCAUGAGUGCUCAUUCAAUAAGGAAUCUAUCAAACAAGUUUUCUGAAAGUAUUCUUAUAUAAAACAAGCCUAGGUGAGUUUUUAUCUAUUUUAAUUGAUGUAAAACAUCAUUUGAAACAUGAUUAGGUUAUAAGGAGUUGCCCUUGUUACUCCUACACAUGUAACAACAGAGGUAUGGAUUAUGUUUGCUAAAUAGUGAACCUCAAAACUAAAUAAAAAAUGAGAUUUUGAAACAUUUAUGCUUUAUGUAGCAAAGUUUGUACUUGAGAAGGCCCUGAAGUAAAUGAGUUUAAUACAUGUCAUUGAAUGUCAACAAUUUAUAUGUUCAAUUUACAUUAUAAAUACUAAUAAAAUGAUUUGCUAAAAACAUGAAACAUCACUAUAUUGCGUGCUCAUUUUCAACAUUAUUUAUUGAUGACAUCACACAAAAGCUCAUGAUUGCGACUGCAUUGGUAAUAUAAAUUUCAUUUUAAAUUAUUAUUCUUUACGAUUACCAAUUUAUUAAAUAUUCUGCAAUUGUGUAUUGAUAUAUCUGAUUGCAGGAAGGUUAUCGACAAUACCUGUUUGUAUAAAAAAUAGCCGAUAUUUGUUUGGUUAUAUAUGUUUGGGUUAAUGAUGUGUAUAAUUGAUGGAAUAAAGUUGCUAAUUCCAGUAGAAUAUGACCCACAGAUAUGUGAAAUUGUUAUGCCUGGUGGCCCCAUAUGAUUGUUGUAUUAAUUAAAAGGGUUUUGUGUGCAGAAGUAGAAAAUGUACAGCAUUUAACAGUUAACAUGUGAUGUCAGUGAAAAUAAAAAUCAAAUAUUAACUGUUAUAACUUUAUAAUGUAUAUUUCAGUCAUUUGUUUUACAUAUGAAUAAUCAGCAAUCAAAUACUUUUCAAAUAAUACAGAAUUGGUAUGGAGUCCAGGUCUCUCGUUAAGGUUAAGGUAGCUACCAGAACUUAUCUCCUCAAGGUUAACUGAGCUCUCUGACCUUAUCUCAUUAUGGUAAAUGUAGCUUUUUUAGCUUAUCGUGUUCUGGUCAAUGUAGCUAUCUGAGCUUAUCGCUUUCUGGUUAAUGUAGCUAUCUGAGCUAAUCACAGUGUGGUUAUUGUAGCUAUCUGAGGUUAGCGCAUUGUGAUUAAUGUAGUUAUCUGAGCUUAUCACAUUGUGGUUAAUGUAGCUGUCUGAGCUUAUUGUGUUGUGGUUAAUGUAGCUAUCUGAGCUUAUCACAUUAUGGUUAAUGUAGCUAUCUUAGCUAAUCGUGUUGUGGUUAAUGUAGCUAUCUCAGCUUACUGCUUUUUGGUUAAUGUAGCUAUCUGAGCUUAUCGCUUUCUGGUUAAUGUAGCUAUCUGAGGUUAUCACGUAAUGGUUAAUGUAGCUAUCUGAGUUUAUUGCUCUCUGGUUAAUGUAGCUGUCUGAGCUAAUCACAGUGUGGUUAAUGUAGCCAUCUGAGCUAAUCACAAUGUGGUUAAUGUAGCUAUCUGACAUUAUCACGUAAUGGUUAAUGUGGCUAACUUAGCUAAUCGUGUUGUGGUUAAUGUAGCUAUCUGAGCUUAUCGCUUUCUGGUUAAUGUAGCUAUCUGAGCUUAUCGCUUUCUGGUUAAUGUAGCUAUCUGAGUUUAUGGCAUUCUAGUUAAUGUAGCUAUCUGAGCUUAUCGCGUGUGGUUAAUGUAGCUAUCUGAGCUUAUCACGUUGUGGUUAAGGUAGCUAUCUGAGCUUAUCACGUUGUGGUUAAUGUAGCUAUCUGAGCUUAUCAUGUUGUGGUUAAUGUAGCUAUCUGAGAUAAUUACAGUGUGGUUAAUUUAGCUAUAUGAGCUUAUCACGUAAUGGUUAAUGUAGCUAUCUGAGUUUAUGGCAUUCUAGUUAAUGUAGCUAUCUGAGCUUAUCGCGUGUGGUUAAUGUAGCUAUCUGAGCUUAUCACGUUGUGGUUAAGGUAGCUAUCUGAGCUUAUCAUGUUGUGGUUAAUGUAGCUAUCUGAGCUUAUCAUGUUGUGGUUAAUGUAGCUAUCUGAGAUAAUUACAGUGUGGUUAAUUUAGCUAUCUGAGCUUAUCACGUAAUGGUUAAUGUAGCUAACUUAGCUAAUCGUGUUGUGCUUUAUGCAGCUAUCUUAGCUUACCGCUUUCUGGUUAAUGUAGCUAUCUGAGCUUAUCGCUUUCUGGUUAAUGUAGCUAUCUGAGUUUAUGGCAUUCUGGUUAAUGUAGCUAUCUGAGUUUAUAGCAUUCUGUUUAAUGUAGCUAUCUGAGCUUAUCGCAUGUGGUUAAUGUAGCUAUCUGAGCUUAUUGCUUUCUGGUUAAUGUAGCUAUCUGAGUUUAUGGCAUUCUGGUUAAUGUAGCUAUCUGAGCUUAUUGCAUGUGAUUAAUGUAGCUAUCUGAGCUUAUCACGUUGUGGUUUAUGUAGCUAUCUGAGCUUAUCACGUUGUGGUUUAUGUAGCUAUCUGAGCUUAUCACGUUGUGGUUAAUGUAGCUAUCUGAGCUUAUCACGUUGUGGUUAAUGUAGCUAUCUGAUAAGAGAACCAUCUAAUUUGUGGGUCAGAUUCAUCUGAAGAAAACAAAGAUUCAGGUAAAAUAAACAUUGCAGUUUAUUCAACUAUGAACAUUGGAUUUUUCUACACAAUUGUCUAGGCAAAUGUAAAUAUUUAAAAAAAGUAAUAGGACUACUGAAACUUACAUGUUUAUUACUUACCAUUCUAUCUGUUUUACAUGUGACUUGAUUUCUUGUUAUCUUUACAGUAUGUGCAUUUGAUAAAACUAACGUUUGUUGUGUUAGAAAAAUGUUUACAUUAAAAUACGACUUUUUCAAGGGUGAAUAAAUGUAUAUAAUUUCG